GUGUAGCAGAGGGACGAAUAUCUGCGAUGCUCAAAACAGCUUCCUGGUAGUUGACGUGGUUUGUUUAUAAUGGCAGAUACAAAAGUGGAAAUUUCAUCUGACAGCUCGAGUCUGCUCCCAAACAACGGCAAUGUUUCCUCUCAGACUAAUAACCCGCUGUCACGGAAGCUUAAUAAGAUUCUGGAAACCAGGCUGGAUAAUGACAAGGAGAUGCUGGAGGCUUUAAAGUCUCUGUCAGUUUUUUUCACUGAAAACAGCCUUCGCACACGGAGAAACCUGCGAGGGGACAUCGAGAGGCGCAGUUUAUCCAUCAAUGAGGAAUUUGUGCGGAUAUUUAAAGAUGUGAAGGAGGAGCUGGAGAGUAUACAUGAAGAUGUCCAAGCCAUGAGCUCCUGUUGUGAAGAAAUGACCAAUAGAUUGAAGGCAGCCAAGGAACAAACCCAGGACCUGAUUUUGAAAACCAACAAACUACAAGGAGAAAAUCACAGUCUAGAGGUGCGAGCACAGGUGGCCCAGGCCUUUCUCUCCAAAUUCCAGCUGUCCAGUGAAGAAAUGGCCACUUUACGCUACGCUCGUGAUGGCCCCAUCACUGAGGAUUUCUUUAAAGCCCUGAAUCGUGUGAAGAGUAUCCACGAAGACGUGAAGGUUCUGCUGAGGACUAACCAGCAAACAGCAGGAUUGGAGAUCAUGGAACAAAUGGCAGUGUUACAGGAGACAUCAUAUGAGCAGCUGUACCGCUGGGCUCAGAAUGAGUGUCGGGGGUUGACUCAGGAGACGUGUGAUGUUCCUCCUGUGCUCAGUCAAGCCAUGGAGUCUUUACAGGACCGGCCUGUUCUUUAUAAAUACACUUUAGAUGAAUUUGGCACAGCGAGGCGCAGUGCGGUGGUCCGUGGCUUCAUCGACGCACUAACACGAGGGGGACCAGGGGGCACGCCCAGACCAAUAGAGAUGCAUUCACAUGAUCCUAUGAGGUACGUAGGGGACAUGCUGGCAUGGCUGCACCAGACCACAGCCUCGGAGAAGGAGCAUCUGGAGGCUCUGCUCAAACAAACUACAGGGCAAGGUGUUGAGGACAGCAUGCAGGAGAUUGUCGGACACAUAACCGAAGGCGUGUGUAGACCACUUAAGGUGAGGAUUGAGCAGGUGAUUGUGGCCGAACCAGGAUCUGUGCUUCUCUACAAACUCUCAAACUUGCUCAAGUUCUACCAUCACACCAUCAGUGGAAUCAUUGGCACAAGUGUUGCGUCUUUAUUGAUUACUAUAGAGGAGAUGCACGUGCUCAGUAAGAAGAUGUUCUUCAACAGCCUCAGUCUUCAUGCCAGCCGGCUCAUGGACAAGGUGGAGCUGCCUCCUCCUGACCUGGGCCCCACUGCGUCCCUUACCCAAACGUUGUCUCUCCUCAGGGAAGUGCUCGCAUCACAUGACUCGUCUGUGCUCCCUCUAGAUGCCCGCCAGGCUGACUUUGCUCAGGUGUUAUCGUGCAUCCUGGACCCCCUGCUGCAGCUCUGCACCGUGUCCGCCAGCAACCUGGGCACAGCGGACAUGGCCACCUACAUGGUGAACUCUCUGUACAUGAUGAAAACCACUCUGGCCCUCUUUGAGUUCACAGACAAACGGCUAGAAAUGCUCGAGUUCCAGAUCGAGGCUCAUUUGGACACUCUGAUCAAUGAGCAGGCGUCUUACGUACUGACACGAGCAGGACUCGGCUACAUUUACAACUGCGUACAGCAGCACAGCACUGAGCAGGGUCCUCUAUCCAACCUCGCAAGUAUGGAUGGUUCCUCUCUGAAGGCAGCUAUGGUCCAGUUUGAUCGCUACUUGUCAUCUCCUGACACCUUUGUGAUGCCUCAGUUCAACUUUCUCCUCAGUGCAGCUAUCAAAGAGCAGAUCUUUAAGCAGUCCACAGAGCUGGUGUGCCGUGCGUACGGAGAGGUGUACACAGCCGUAACCAAUCCAGCUAAUGGCUACAGAGAACCUGAGAACGUGUUACACAGAUCCCCUCAGCAGGUACAGACCCUGCUGUCCUGAGCCCCAGCACAUACUCGUGUGCACGCACACACACACACACACACACACACACACACACAUACACACAUACAUGCAGAUAUCCAGAGGAUCAGGUACCAUAUGUUGGCCAGGCUGCUAUACGAGACAGAUAAGGUGGAUACGGGAAUGGGGUGUGACCUCUCGUGAGUGUGUGUGUGUGUGUGUGUGUGUUUGGACUUUCAGCCACCGAGUGUCCUUCCACUCCUACUCCCACACUGUUGUGGGUAAAACACUUUGUCUGAGAGAGAACAACUCAUGCUGGGGAAAAACAAAAAAAAAAAAGGAAUAGAAUGUUCCUCUCGACGUGAGCGUAGAUUCCUGCCGGGAGACGUGAAAGAAAAAUCUUCAGACCCUUUUCGCACUACACAUGAGCAAAUACACGCAAACUUCAUUUGUGUUAAAUAUUAUAUGCAAAACUUUUAUGUCUCUUAUAUGUACACAGAUACAAACAUACAAAUGUGCCUGCACACACACACACACACACACACACACACACACACACACACACACACACACACACACACACACACAAACUCAGCUCUGUAAUCAGAAACAGUUCUGCCUUUCUUCUCAUUAAUUAAACUGCAUUAAAAUGCAUCCAAAUGUGCACA